GGGCGUCGUCUGGGGUUUGGUUCUAUUUUCCCAUCCAGCCCUUUGGAGCGGCCGCGCUGGUAACGGGAGACACAAAGAGACCCGGUUCCUUCGGCCGGGGCCCGAGGCCUCGGGACCGGUGAUGGCGGCCGGGAUGUGUUGGCGUGCCCCAGCGCUUCAACCGUCAUCCAAUCUCUGCUGGAGUCUCAGCAAAUUGCCAGCCUGUCUUAUCUCCAAAGCAAAGGGAAACCAUCCCACGUUUCACUUCCGUCCGUCUAAACGCCGGGUACCGGCUGCGACGGGUUUGGCCGUCUGAAGGAAGCAGCAGAAAUGGAGCGUUUCCAAAACCAGAGGGAGAAUUUCCUGGGCAUCAGUGACCUACUGAGGCAACUUCCAAGCUCAGAAUGGAGCUGGUGAGCAGGCAAGACCCCCACCUCCGAGAGGCCGUGUGGUUUGCCGUAUGCUGCAGAGCCCUGACACUUCUGCUGCAGGCUCUGUUUAACCUCCUGAUCCCAGAUCACGCUGCAGACGCCUUCUCUCCCCCUCGCCUGUCCGAGCCUGGCCUGUGGGACCUGCUCUUGGAGCAGCUGCUGGGAGGCCUCUCGCGCUGGGACGCAGAGCACUUCCUCUUCAUCGCCGAGCGUGGUUACCUGUACGAGCACAACUGCGCCUUCUUCCCGCUGUACCCCCUGAGCGUGCGUGCCGUGGCCGAGGGUGCUCUGUGGCCCUUGCAGCGGCUGCUGCGUUUGCGGAGCCGCCUCUUGCUAUCAGCUGUACUUCUCAAUUCUCUCUUUUCUGUCCUGGCAGCCGCUGCCCUGUAUAAGCUGGGCUGCGUUGUGCUGCAGUGUCGCAGGGUGGCUUUCCUUGCUGCUGUUCUCUUUUCUGUCAGCCCUGCCAACGUAUUUAUGGCAGCUGCUUACUCAGAGAGCAUGUUUGCCUUCCUGGCAUUCAGUGCCAUGUGGCAACUGGAGAAGGGGCAGAGCUGGCUCAGUGGACUGCUCUUCUCCCUUGCUUCUGGGGUGCGUGCCAACGGGCUUAUUAAUGCUGGCUUCUUUCUCUACUCCCACGGUAAAUGGUUUGUCCUCCAGCUCCAGGUGGGUUCAGGAUCGGUAAGGAAGCUCCCUCUGUUGUGGAAGCAACUCCUUAGUAUGGCAUCUUCAGCAGUUCUGACGUGUGCUGGGAUUUUUCUACCUUUUGCUUUAUUUCAAUAUUAUGCUUACGUGAGAUUCUGUAGUCCUGGCACUGGCCUGGAGCAGACUGUUCCCAAGCCGCUGCUGCAGCUGGCUCGGGACAAGGGCUAUCAUCUCGUGGCCGUGAAUGGGGUUAAACCCGCUUGGUGCUCCCAGCGGUUCCCUCUUGUCUAUUCCUAUAUUCAAGAUGCUUACUGGAAUGUGGGCUUUCUCAGGUAUUUUGAGCUCAGACAGAUACCAAAUUUCUUGCUUGCUUUGCCUGUCGCGCUUCUGGGCUCGUGGGCUGCCUGGACCUACAUGAUUGCAAACCCCCGGCACUGCCUAACUCUUGGUCUAGAGAGAAGAAAGAGUGAAGAAGAGAGUAAACCAAGAGCUGGAUUUUGCUGCCCCGCUGUCUUUGUGUAUGUGGUCCAUGCCACGGUCCUGCUGGCGUUUGGAUUCUUCUGCAUGCACGUGCAGGUGCUGACUCGGUUCCUUGGCUCCUCCUCUCCUGUCCUGUACUGGUUCUCCGCUCACCUGCUUCAAGAAUAUGAACCUUUACUCCAGAGCGAAGGGACUGAUAAUCAAACCGUGGCAGCUCGCUCCAAGAAGUCUCUUCUAGGUAAAUCUGCUCGUUCCUGCGGGAGAGGGACUUCUGAAAACCCUGUCGUGAAGCUGCUGAUGAACUGUAGAUUAAUCACGCCCCUCAGCAAAUGCAUUCUUGGAUUUUUCCUGUCCUACUGGCUGCUGGGACUGAUUCUGCACUGCAACUUCUUGCCGUGGACGUAGCGAGGGGUGUGUAUUGGUGCAGACGGGUCGCGGGGCAGAAGCACUGAUCAGAAUUGGAACUCACUUUUUCUAAAAAGCCUGACGUAUAUGUAA